UAGAUUAGCCAGGAGGGCUGACGCCCGACUCACGUACCUAGAGAGGCUACAUGAUAGAAUGUGGGUCAUGAAUUGUCUUUUUUACCAAACUUCCAUCUACGAAAGCAACGGUUUACCGUGUAGCUGCAGCUCCUCAUCAGUCAAUUCGUCCACGUCCAGUGUCAGCGUACAGUGGCAACAUGCAAGGUGGGAGCCCAUGAUGCUAAAAUGGGAUGUUUGACCUUCUCUUGGGAUGAAUAAGGAAACAACCCCAUGGAACCCUCCAGUAGCUGACAGUAUGUCGUCAGCAGUGGAGGCCAGUAUGUACAACAGUAUUCAGGCCAUCCUCAGACAGGCUGCCUCCUCAUGCAACAAAGGUAUGCUGAGGUGGACUCUUCAUAAGAAGGUGGAGACCCAUCCAUCUAACAGUGUCUCACUGGUCAGGGUUCUGGUCAAAGAGCUAGAGAAGGUGGAGAGGCUUGACUAUAAGAUGCAUGUUAUUCCAUUGCUUCACACUCUCAACUAUGUUAUUAUUCAGUCUAGCCACAUUCCAUGCAACCUGUUUCAGAGAGUGUAUGAGUGCUUCAAACGGCUCCUAACACUUCCAGAGCCCUACUGUACUAUCGCACUGAGAUACAUGAGAAGCAUAAAGAUGGAGCAGAUCACACCAGCUCCCUCCCCGACAAUAACUUCCUCCACAGGAGCUUUGUAUCAGAGAAGGGUGAUUGCUGAGCAGAGCCUAAGGAACAAACAUUUCCCCCAGCAGGAAAGGGUAUUUGUGUUUGCAGACCCGGCUGUGUUCUCAGGGCCCCUGUGGCAGGCGGUGAGGGCAGACCUGGUGCUGACCAGCCCCCAAAGUGACAUACUGGCAAGACGGGUGUUACUGCACACUCUGCAGGCUGGACUGGUGAAGGCCUGUCAUGGUCCCAUACUGACUCAAGCUCUGGAGGAUCUAGGAGAAGAUGUGGAAAAGUACUUCCAGGAGGUGGUGUUAGCUGUAGAGCAGAGUAUAGAGAACGGCGAGGCAGGCCGUGACCAGUACCUAACCAGGCUACAGCACAUCUACAGUGACAUCCUGACCUCUGCUAACCAAGACCCAAUUGCCGGUGGCUCUCUUUCUAACACUCCAUUGCCCUCGCCAGAGAUUCAGUUCCACCUGUGGACAAACGAAGAGGAGCUGUGGAAUGAGCUGGUAAACUUCACCCUAAACAUUUCCACCUCUGAGCGGAACUCUAUGUACCAGGAGGAGGAAGAGGAGGAUGUUUCUAAGAGGGUUUCCCACCUGUCUGUUGAUAGUGGAAUAGAGAAGGACCUGUCUGACAUGGGGGAGCGGGAACAGAGGAAUCCAUUCACUCGGUCACGGUCACCGUGUUUCAGAGGGAGAAUGAAGCCAGAAGACAAAAUGGCUCUGGUACAGGAAAACAUCAAGGGGCCCACCAGUAGCACCCCUCUCCCUAAAGAGGAGGGGAACCAUACCGCACGCAUAGUGAUGAUGGGAGACGACAGGGUGCUGGGGAGACUGGCCAAGGUGUAUCACUCCAUCCGAAAACGGGAGGCAAAACAUCUCAUCUUGACCAAAAGAGUGAACCUACAGAUAUACUACAUCCCUGUCACUGAUGAGCCUAUUGUCAAUUCACCUGAAAGCACAUCACAAGUUGGAGACAGGUUGUCUCUAGCCUCGUUCUUAGGAAGGGUCGAUCCCUGGUACGAAAGCAACAUCAUCAGUUUGGGAGCCAUGAUUCCAAAGCUGGCAGGAACGCAGUCCAGUCACAGCAGGUCAUCAGAACCUAACCACUUCCUUGUGGAUGUCCUCUCCUACUACCUUCGCUGUGGCCUACAGCCUGUCCACUUCACACUCUACUCUGUCAAGAUCUCUGUCUCUGGCCAGACUGGCAGCCCUGUGGACGAUGUGUUUGUGUCCCACCUGGAUGCUGAGUUCCCUGAGUCUAAAACACUCAGAGAAAAUCUGAGACAAGAGAGAUCUAGUAGGCGACGAACAAGGAAGACACUUGGAACCUGUGGAGUGGUGGUUUCUGUGAAUUACAGUAAGGUCUCCUUGAGCAAACAAGAGGUUGUUCAGGGAAUGUCAGUCAUGACAUGUGGAGUGGGCAUCAGUGCAAUAUCACCCAAUGAAACAGAAGGUCUUGAUUUCCUCACUGUCAAUUUUGACAGUACAAAUCCAAGAUGCUGCACGGAGAUCAGAACCCAAAAUAUUAAAAUCAGAAUCCUGGAGGAUAAGACCUUCACUGUCUGUCUGGACAAAGACUGUCGCAGGAAAUACACACAUGUGCAAAGCAUUGAGAUCUCUCCAUGUUUGGAUCCAGGGUAUUGCCUCCAGACAAGUUCCAAGUCCAAGUUCAGUGUGGGAGAGGAGAGGGAGUCGGGGCUGAGCAAAUACAUGUGCAAGAUCCUGCCUCUGCCAAUCAAUACCUUCACUGGCAUCAACCACUGAAGGGAUUUGAUUAUUUGGCCUGGGCUCCAUCCCAGGCGUGAGCCAGGUGCCCUGCUCUGGCCAACGGCGAACCCUGUGAGUCACGCCUGCUCCCGCUCUUCCUCCCUGGUGCUCGAGGGCGCCAGGCUUCCCAGCAUUGAGCACUCCUGCCAUCAUCAUUACACACACCUGCCUUCUCCCCCCGUCACACGCAUCAGCGAUUAUUGGACUCACUUGGACUCAAUCACCUCUGUCAUUACCUUCUCUAUAUCUAUCUGGUUCCCCGCUCUGUUCCCUGUUUCUGCAUUAAUUUUAGUUUGUCUUUGUUUACCUGUUCCUGUUCUGUUACCUGUCUGUUCCUGUUUAAAUGUUUGACUCCCCGUACCUGCUUCUCAUCUCCAGCAUCGGUCAUUACACUGACUACAAUGAAGAGGAAGACGUGUCUCUCUGUUCUGGCAUAUGUUUUGACCAUGACAGUUUACAACCAAAGUAACUCCAAGUAAUUUAGUCUCCUCCUUAGUUUUAGAGAUGUUCAGAACCAGUUUAUUACUGGCCACUCAAGACUGCAACUCUUUGUUUAGGGUUUCAGUGACUUCAUUAGCUGUGGUUGCUGAUGUGUAUAUGGUUGAAUCAACUUUGUUUAAUGCCAGUGGCAGGUUAAUGGUAAAAAUAGUAAAGAGCGGAGGGCCUAGAGAGCUGCCCUGCGGUACAACACACUUUACAUAUUUGACAUUAGAGAAGCUUCCAUUAAAGAAACUCCUUUUAGUUAUAUUAGAUAGAUAGCUCUGAAUCUACAAUAUGGCAGAGGUUGAAAAGCCAUAACACAUAUUUUUUCAACAACAGGUUAUGGUCAAUUAUAUCAAAGGAUGCACUGAAAUCUAACAGUACAGCUCCCACAAUCUUCUUAUUAUCAAUUUCUUUCAACCAAUCAUCCGUCAUUUGUGUCAGUGCAGUACAUGUUGAGUGCCCUUCUCUAUAAGCAUGCUGAAAGUCUAUUGUUAAUUUGUUUACAGAGAAAUAGCAUUGUAUUUGGUCAAACACAUAUUUUCCCCAACAGUUUGCUAAGAGCUGGCAGCAAGUUUAUAGGUCUGCUGUUAGAACCAGUAAAGGCCGCUUUACCACUCUUUGGUAGCUGAAUUACCUUGGCUUCCCUCCAAGCUUGAGGUCAAAGACUUUCCUCUAGGCUCAGAUUAAAGAUAUGAAAGAUUGGAGACGCUACAGAGUCUGCUACCAUCCUCAGUAGCUUUCAAUCUAAGUUGUCAUUGCCAGGAGGUUUGUCAUUAUUGAUCGAUAACAAUAAUUUUUCCACCUCUCCCACACUAACUUUACAAAAUUCAAACUUCCAAUGCUUUUCUUUCAUUAUUUUUUAUGCAUGAAUAUGAUGGCUCACUGUUCAUUGUUGACAUUUCCUACCUAAGUUUGCCCACUUUGCCAAUUAAGUAAUCAUUAAAAUAAUUGCCAACAUCGAAUGGUAUUGUGCUGAAUAAGCCAUCUGAUUUGAUGAAAGAUGGAGUUGAA